AUGCCAGACACACGGAAUUCGUCGUUCAAUAGGACCAUGAACCUCAAGGAAUGCCGAGAGGUGUGUCUAAGAAAUUGCUCUUGCUCUGCUUAUGGAAAUCUAGACAUAAGAAACGGUGGUAGUGGUUGCUUGCUCUGGUUUGGUGAUUUGAUUGACAUCAGAGCGUUUGCUGAUAACCAUAUAGAUCUUUACGUAAAGAUGGCUUCCUCAGAUACAGUCCAGCACCACGGCAAGAAAACAAUAGUUGCAGCAACCUUGGCAUGGCUAUUCCAUAAAGAAGGCAGGUCAUUAGAACUGGUUGAUGAGAAUCUAAGAGACUCUUGCUACAUAUCUGAAAUUAUGCGAACGAUCCAUGUGGGUCUUUUGUGCGUGCAAGAGAGUCCAGAUAAGAGGCCAAGCAUGUCAUCUGUGGUGAUGAUGUUAGGAAGUGAGGUUGAACUGGCUCAGCCCAAGCAUCCGGGGUUCUUCACUGGAAGGACUCUGCCUGGGUCUGAUGCUUCGUCAAGCAAGGGUGCUAUGAGCUCGGCCAAUCAAAUCACCAUAUCCUUGCUAGAUGCUCGGUAG